ACCGCGGGGAAUAGGAUGGGGCGGCCCGCGGGGCGGCUUCUGGCUUCCUGCCGCGAGGGAGGAGCGCAGCGCACAGGGGCAGCCUUUCCGCUGGGGUCCAAGGACGGACUUCCCUGGCUGGGCCCAGAGAAGGCUCCGCGGGACAGGGUGCUGUGUGGUGGGAAUGGCGACGGUGGGACACCGGGCUGCAGGCUUUGGAGUAGAGAGCUGCCGGGACAGGGGCUGGGUCCCGCUGCGGACCCGCACCCCUGUGAGCUGUGGAGCCCACGACACUGCCUGGGCCAUGGACUCGAAGGGUUGGUUCCUCCGGAGGCUCUGAGGAGUCUGCUCUGGCCUCUCCAGCUCCAGUCUCCGUCUGCACUGGCAUCCCUGUGUGUGUCUGUCAGCAAUGGCACCAGCCCCCAGGAUGAGCGCACCACAAGCCUGCUGGUGUUCGGCUUCCUCCAGAGCUACCCGCACUCCCGUUGCCACCAAGAGCUGGAGGUGCUGGGCCACAAGCUGGCCAUGCGCGUGGCCCACGACGAUGAGCUGCAGACGGAUGGCAACUGGUGCAGCCACUUCCGUGAUGAGGGGGCGGCAGAGACAGACUCUGAGACUCAGGAGGAAGUGGUCCGGGACAUCGCCAGGCAGCUCGCCCAGAUUGGGGACAGGAUGGAGUGCAGCAUCCGCCCGGGGCUGGUGGCUGGCCUGGCCGCGCAGUUCAGGAACACGAGCCUGUCGGAGGAGGAGCGGAGGCGGUGCCUGGCGGCGGCGCUGGAACAACUCGUGCAGCUCUGCCCCGCGGACGUGGACCGUGAGAAGACCCUGCUCCUGCUGACCAUGCUUGUGGCCAAAAAGGUGGCCGACCACUCGCCAGCUUUGCUCCAAGAUGUCUUUCACACCACAGUGACCUUCAUCAACCAGAACCUUCUCGCCUACGUGAGGAACUUAGUCCAAAACCUCCAAGCUGAGAGUCAGGUACAUUCUCCGUCCCGUAUCUGGAAGACUUCUUCACCCAACCAAGAUACCGGAUCAACACGGUUGUCAAGCAACAACUCUGAGGGACAAUAUGGCCCCAAAGCCAGUCAGACUUCGUUGCCUUCUUCCUUGCUGUCAUGGACUCUCUACCUUACAACUGAUUUCUGUAUUUGGGACGUGAUUAUUUUAAUGAUGACUCACCAAAAAUUUUGUGCUUUUAUGUAUGAAGUUUUAAAGAAAGAAUAGAUGACCAUUGAGACUUUCACUCCUGGUCAUCUGAAGCAAAAAUAUAAAAACAGAGGCCUCUCCCUUGACAAUUACUGUCAUUAAUGAAGACCAGGCUUUCAAUAAAAGGUAAAGCACUGUUUGGGGUAAUACUUUACCUAAAACUUAGCACGUUAGGGGACUAACAUCUACAACUCGCCUUAGAUCCAGUCCAAUAAGUUAAAUAAUUUUUAGCAUAAAAUACGUAUAUUGCUGGAAACAGCUAUCUCUUUAGCCCCACUGAUACAAAAAACAGAAAGGAGUAACUUCAAGGGCUCAAAAAUAUAAAACGAAUUGGGACCAACUAGAGUUUAAAUAUGCAUGAAGGGGCAACUCCCUGGCGGUCCGGUGGUUGGGACUCCACACUCUCACUGCCCAUCCUCGGUUGGGGAACUAGAUCCUGCAAGCUGCAUGGCGUGGCCAAUAAGUAAAUAAAUAUGUACAAAGAAUCAGAAAACUAUGUUUUGUUUAAACAGAUGAAGCCCAGAGAGAUCAGGUAACUUGCCCAAGGUCCCUCAGCGGCUGUGAGAACUGGACUGUCAGUGUCCUUUUGAAGACUUUACUGAAAUUAAUUCAUUUCACUUUCACAGAUAAGGAAACUAAAGCAACUGAGAUGGGUAAGUAAUUGGCCUGAAGUCCAAAGCUGGGACUGGAUCUAACCAGGCCGCUUACCUGCAGGGCCCACGCUUCCGUCAACUGUGCUCCCCUAACGCUCGAGCCCAAGGCUCCCCCCAACCCCAGACUUCCACACUGGUGCUUUUCUUGAGUUUACAGCAAGAAGCAAAUGUUAAAGGUUAUUCUUGGUGUUUUAGUCAAGCAAAUACACAAAGAUAUGUUCAUGAAACCCUUCAAAGAAAAAGGGAAGUAGAGAAGAAACUGAAAUACGGAGGUAAAGGGACUCUUAUAGAAUAAACGUAAGAUAAAAUGUAAGUGUAACCUUGGUUUUAGUGGUAGGAACGAAGUAAAAACAGCUUGGAGAUCGCUCAAAGAACCAUUUCAAAGUGUGCAGCAGUGCUUCACCACGUCUGUAUUAACCACAUUUGCUUCGAGUUCUGUUUUGGUUCACACCAGUUACAAAUUAUUCUGCCACUUCAAGUAGUGUUUCACACGCAGGGUCACAGCUGCCAAUGAACUUAACUGUUCCAGCUGAGGACGCCGGGGCUGACUUCCAAGACCCCACUCCCUGGUAACUCAGAGACCCACGCCCCUCGGCGUGUACCAGCCAACCCGUAUCACUACGAUCUCUCUCUCAAGUAUUCACUGGAAAAGACAAACACAGAUACCUUGCUUCUCUACAUUCAGUCAAACAGGGUACUAACGACCAAAUGCCUCUUAGAUCGCUAUUAACCUAAAAUAAGAAAAGAGAGGGAAUUCCCUGGUGGUCCAGUGGUUAAGACUCCACACUUUCACCACCAAGGACCCGGGUUCGAUCCCUGGUCGGGGAACGAAGACCCACAAGCCGUGCGGCACAGCCAAAAAUAUAAAAAUAAAACAAAAACAACAAAAAACCCCAAAAAAUAUACGUGAGAGAGACUCAGAGAAGUAACUUUCCACCUAAUGUGAUGACCAAGACCACAAAGAAUACAUUUUAGACACAAUGCAGUACACACGCACACUCACACAUAAAACAAACAGAUCUCAUGAAACACUAAAUCAAACCCUUACUACACUGAAACUACUUCAGUUUGCAAAACCCACUUAACUGAUUUUAGAUCACAAACUAUGUGUCACCUCCCACACUUUGUUCUAACCAGUUCUGACCUAAAAGUUCCCAAGAGACAGUCUUCAAACGUCCUUGAUUCAAACAAGCAAACAAACAAACAUAAACUUUUUGAGGUUUGCAGUUCUUAAAGUAGAAAUGAGAAGCUGCAAGUCGGAAAAAAUAGACAAAAAUUAAUUUUAUUCUAUUUAGUAUUAUUACAGAUGACAUUUCCCCCAGUAAUCUUUCAUGUAGUCUAAAUGUUUCACAGUAAGUAUUUAGGUUAGCACAUGCCGCAGGAGAAAACCCAGGAGAAGCCGGCCCCGCGGUGGCCCCUUGUGGGCUCGCAGGCCUGGCAGCCGGGGGGUGGGCUGUCCCGGCUCACACCCGGCCGUGCCUGACUGCUGCCCGGCAAAGACAGUCACCACCUAAACUCGAAGGAAACUUUAAUCAGACUGAGAAGUGGAAAAACACACACUCUUAGGGACACAUCUGAAAAGCUGGUAUUUGUAAAAAUGUAAUGUUUUCACAGAACACUUUUUCACACCAUCACUUUUGUGAGCUACAGAAGCUGCUCUUCCAUACUGUAAUUGAUGAAACUGAGGCUCAGCAAAGUUAAAUGAAUUCCCCCCAAAACUCAGGGCUAAUAUUUGGCAGAGCUGGGGCCACAAACAAAUUGUGAUUCCGAUCUCAACUCCCACAGUCUGGCCGGGGAAAAAAUAAGGUAGAAGGCAAGCAAACAAGCGUGCGUGCGCCCCCCCCAGCCGCUACCCUGCAGUUCCAGUACCAACAGUAGCAGACAGUCACUCUCCACUUCUCUCUGGAAAGCUGGCCGCCAGCGGACAUGUGCUUCUGACUGCGCCCCAACGACCCCGGCCUCCUCCUGUCCUCCGACCCCCGUAACACAGCCACCUCACAGCACAGAACGUGCCACCCCGCCCUGCCCUGAGCCCAAGGAGGGCCUAUUUUACUCAACUUCUGGGUAGCAGCACCUAGCGGAGGGGGCACAACAUCCACAAUCAGUUAAGGGUUACUGGGUAGAAAACUGACACUGUAACUGAGGAGCGCUGGGGGCUCCGUGUGCACAAAACUGAGAAGCAAAACCUUCCGAGGGCCUUGCAGGUUCCCCGUGGAAGGUCUUGGUCGUCUCCACUCCGCCCUGAAGUGGGUCAAAAAGCUGAACGACCAGAAAUCUCAAAGACUGUAAGAGAAGAGAGGUGAUGCCACAGGGCAAACCGCUGCCCCGAGGCUGGAGACGGAAGGGCGGGGCUGGGGGUCACCCGGGGACCAGUCCCAGGGAGGCCCUGCAAUUCUGAGAUUCACCUCUACCCCACUGCUCCCUGCUCCUGGGCGAGGGGGAAAAUGAGCCCUGAUCUUCCUGACAAGCUGUGCCCUCAGGGGGAACCAGUUAACCACAGCCUAACUGCCCGAGAGGAAAGGAAAUACUCGCAGGCAGCCCACUCCAACCUUCCAGUCCUGCCCCGUGUAAAGGAGGAGAGAGACACAGAAACUCUGGCAAAUUCACAGGGGACACAGGCUCACCCACAGAGCCUAGUCACAGAACUCCAACGCACCUGCCACACACCUCGCCACCACGUCACUGAGGCCUAUUUACCUUUUACCCAGGACAUCAUGUCUGGCUAUCCAGAAAAAAAUGACAAGGCAAACCAAAGGGAGAAGAAAAACAAGCACACAUUUGAAAAGAUGGAGCAAGUAUCAGAACCAGACAUGGUAGGGAGGCUGGAACUAUCGAUCAGGAAUUUAACACGACUGUGAUUAAUUUGCUAAGGGCUCUAAUGGAUAAAGUAGACAGCACACAAGAACAGAUGGGCAAUGUCAGCAGAGAUGGAAAUCCUAAGAACCAAAAAAAAAAAAUGCUAGAGAUUUAAAAACAACACUGAAACAGAAAUGAAGAAUGCCCCCCCCCCCUUUUUUUGGCCAUGCCAAGCAGCGUGCAGGACCUGAAUUCCCCAACCAGGGAUUGAACCCAGGCCCUGGCAGUGAAAGCGCCGGUCCUAACCACUGGACCACCAGGGAAUUCCCAUGAAGAAUGCCUUUGAUGGGCUUAUUAUUAGAUUCCACACUGCAGAGGAAAGAACCUCUUAGCUUGAGGAUGUCUCGAUAGAAACAUCCCAAACUGAAAGGCAAAGACAACAAAGACAGGGGAAAGAAAACAACAGGACAUCCAAGGACUGUGGGACAACUACGCAAGGUGUAACACACACACCUGGAACACGGAAGGUGAAGAGAGAAAGGAACAGGAGAAAAAUAUCUGUAACUAUAAGGACUAAGAAAGUCCCCAAGUCAACGUCAGACAGCAAACCACAGAUUCAGGAAGCUCUGAGAACACCAAGUACAGUAAGUAUCCAAAGAAUUACACCUAAGCAUGUCAUUCUCAAAUUACAGAAAAUCAGAGAUAAAGAAAAAAAUUCUGUGACAAGUCAGAGGAAAAAAUAUCUUACCUAGAGAGGAACAAAGAUAAGAAUUACAUCUAGCUUCUCAUCAGAAACCAAGCAAGCAAGAAGAGAGUGGAGGGAAACACUUAAAGUGUUGAGAGAAAAAACCUACUGACCUAGAAUUCUGUUCCUGAGAAGUUAUCCUUCAAAAAUGAAGGAGAGGGUGUGGAGAACAGGGAACCCUCCCCUGCACUGUUGGUGGGAAUGUAAAGUGAUACAACCACUAUGGAGAACAGUACGGAGGUUCCUUAAAUACUAAAAAUAGAACUACCAUACAACCCAGCAAUCCCUCUACUGGGCAUAUACCCUGAGAAAACCAUAAUUCAAAAAGAGUCAUGUACCACAAUGUUCAUUGCAGCACUAUUUACAACAGCCAGGACAUGAAAGCAACCUAACUGUCUAUCGACAGGUGAAUGGAUAAAGAUGUGGCACAUAUAUACAAUGGAAUAUUACUCAGCCAUAAAAGAAAUGAAAUUGAGUUAUCUGCAAAGAGGUGGAUGGACGUAGAGUCUGUCAUACAGAGUGAAGUAAGUCAGAAAGAGAAAAACAAAUACCACAUGCUAACACAUAUAUAUGGAAUGUAAACAAACGGUACUGAUGAACCUAGGAGCAGGGCAGGAAUAAAGACGCAGACACAGAGAACGGACUUGACGGGGAAGGGUAAGCUGCGACGAAGUGAGAGAGUGGCAUGGACAUAUAUACACUACCAAACGUAAAACAGCUAGCGGGAAACAGCCGCGUAGCACAGGGAGAUCAGCUCGGUGCUUUGUGACCACCUACAGGGGUGGGAUAGGGAGGGUGGGAGGGAGACACAAGAGGGAGGGGAUAUGGGGAUAUAUGUAUGCAUACAGCAGAUUCACUUUGUUGUACAGCAGCAACUAACACAGCAUUGUAAAGCAAUUAUACUCCAAUAAAGAUAUAAAAAAAGAAAAAUAAAAAUUAAGGCAAGAAUGUAUUAAGUUGUACAAGUAAGAAUAUACAAAAAACCACUGAAUUAUAUACUUCAUAUGGGUAAACUGUGUGGUUGUGAAUUAUAUCUCAAUAAAGUAAACUAUUCACACACACACACACACAAAAAGGAGAAAUAAAGCUUUUCUCAGACAAGCAAAAAUUGAAGGAAUUGCUAGUAGACAUGCCUUGUAAGAAACGUUAAAAGAAGUUCUUUAGAGAAGGAUAAUGAUAUAAGUCAGAAAUGCAGAUCUACAAAGAGAAAGGGAGGCCACUGAGGAAGAAGUAGGUGAAGGGAGAAUAAAAACUUUUAUUUUUCUUAUUCUUAAUUGAUCUGCCAGAUAACAGCUGCUCAAAGUAAUAAUAGCAACAAUGUAUUCGAUUAUGUGUGCUUAUACAAGUGACAUGAAUGACAGCAAUGAUACAAGGGAUACUCGUUACAAGGCACUCACUCACUCACAGUGCUCGUGAAGCAGUACAGUGUUACCUGAAAGUGGACUUGGAUUAGUUGUAAAUGUAUAUUGCAAACUGUAGGGCAACCACUUAAAGAGGUAAAAAGAGAAAUGUAAUGGACAUGCCAAGAAAGGAGAGAAAAUGGAAACGUAUAACAUCCUCAAUUAAAACCACAAAAGGCAGAAAAAGAGUGGGGGAUAAAAACAGGAACAAAGAAUAAGGGCAACGAGUAGAAAACAAUGACAAAUAUGACAGAUAGUCAUCUAAUUACAUCAAUAAUUACUUUGGGGCUUCCCUGGUGGCACAGUGGUUGGGAGUCCGCCUGCCAAUGCAGGGGACGCAGGUUUAAGCCCUGGUCUGGAAGGAUCCCACAUGCUGUGGAGCAGCUAAGCCUGGGCACCACAGCUGCUGAGCCUGUGCUCUGGAGACCGCAGGCCACAACUACUGAGCCCGUGUGCCACGACUGCUAGGGCGCGCGCACCUAGAGCCCGUGCUCUGCAACAAAGAGAGGCCACUGCAGUGAGAGGCCCAUGCACUGCAGCGAAGAGUAGACCCCGCUCGCCACAACCAGAGAAAGCCCACGUGCAGCCAAAAAUAAAAAUAAAAUAAUUAAAAAACAAAUACAAUUAAAAAUAAUAAUAAUAAUAAUUACUUUGAACAUCAAUAGUCUAAACACACCAACUACAAGAAAGACAUAGUCAGACUGGAUGAAAAAAUAAGAUCCGACUGUCUGCUGUGUCUAAGAAACUCGCUUCACGUAAAGACGCAGACAUGUUAAGAGUAACCUGACCAUGCAGACACUCAUCAGAGGCAAGUGGGAGCAGCUGCCAGCAGGGCCCUCUUUAGUUGUUGCCCACGGCUGCCAGGCAGUUUACAUUGCUUUUUCGUCAUAGGGGAGUUUCAACUGCAGAAAUGGUACAUCCCACCAUCAGACAAAGAGAAGGAAAAGAUGACAAGAGAACCGUUCAAACCAUUUAAGUACCAAAACCUAAAAGGUGCAGCUUUCAUGAGUGGUAAGAUCAGAGGAAUGUUCACAGAAGACGUGCUCAUCUGUGUUUCUCCUGUGCCACUGAGGGUCAGGACAGGGACUAAGGACCCUGGAAACAACCCACUGCUACCUGGAACAACUUGACAAGGACCUUGGCUGUGCACGUGAGCUUGAUAUCAUCCUUAAUUCUGAGAAGGCUUUCUGUAUUUUGGAUGGGUUUCUUUUGGGAGGGGAAACAUUCAAGAAAAGUGUCCCUAAAGCAAGUGAGCAAGCUGAUGUGGUACAGGAGCCACGUCAUGAGUGCUUCAAUGUCCCCGUGGACCAAGUGUCCACUCAUCCUGUGUACGGAAUUCAGAGGAAACAAAGCUGAUAUGCUGAUGAAAGAAAAUAUCCUCAGCUUGGUGACUGAUUAUCUUGUAUAAUAAGAGAACAUUUCAGGGACUUCCCUGGUGGCGCAGUGGUUAAGAAUCUGCCUGCCAAUGCAGGGGCCACGGGUUCGAGCCCUGCUCCGGGAAGAUCCCACAUGCUGCAGAGCAGCUAAGCCCGUGCGCCACAACUACUGAGCCUGCGAGCCACAACUACUGAACCCGCAAGCCACAACUAUCGAAACCUGCGUGCCUAGAGCCCGUGCUCCACAACAAGAGAAGCUACCACAAUAAGAAGUAUGUGCACCACAAUGAAGAGUAGCCCCUGCUCGCCACAACUAGAGAAAGCCCACACGCAGCAACGAAGACCCAACACAGCGAAAAAGAAAAAUAAAAUAAAAAAGGAACUACAGACCCACACAUUGCAUAGACUUAAAGACAGGAUAUUUUUGAGACAUUUGGAAAUUUGAAUGCUAACAGGAUAUCUGAUGAUAUGAAGAUUAUUUUUAAUUUUUUUGUGAUGUGACAAUGGUUUUGUGAUUUAAAAUAAAAAAAGAACCUUUAUUUUUCAGAGAUACAUAGUGAAAUCUUUACAGAUAAAAUUAUAGGAUGUCUGGAUUUCGCUUCAAAAUACUACUGUAUUAAGAGGGGAGGUGAUUAGGAUGUGAAUAAAGCAUAACUGGCAGUAAAUUAAUGAUUGCCAGGACUAAGUGAUGGGGGUUCAUUACACUCUCGUGUCUGUUUUCAUAUAUAUACAAUAUUCUCCAAAAGAAAACUUUUUAAAAAAGUAAGUAGUAUAAGAGAAUUAAAAAAAUUAAAAUCCACUGUACCUUCCUCCAAAAAAAGAAAAUAUGAAUAGCUCUAUGCCAACAAAUCUGAAAAUUUAGGGAUAAUAUUCUAGAAAGAUUAUCAAAAGUUGACAAGAAAAAAAACAGAAACCUUCCCUCAAAGAAAAUACCAGAUGGUUUUGAAGGAAUGUUAUAGGAAGCAAGGCACAGAUGAUCUGAGUCUCAUACAAACUGUUCCAGAGUACAGAAAAGGAGGAACCAUUCUUUCCAACUCUAAAUUCUUUUAUGAAGCCAGCACACCCUUAAAACUGAAACCAAACAAGAAAAAGUACAGGUCAUCCUCACUCAUCGGGACAGAUACAACUAAAUGGUAGAACGAUUAAAGGAAAUUUAACUCACAUUAACAUCAGGAAAGACAAGGAUGGAUUCUAAUACCAAUUCUGUUAAUAUGGUGCUGAUUAGUGCAAUACAUUUUUUAAAAAAGAUAGACUCAUCAAGGAAAAAAAAUUGACAUUAUUCACACAUGGUGUGAUUUUCUAUGUAGAAAACCCAAAGAAGCCCAGGGAUAAUCAGAAUAAUAAGACAGUUGGACAAAUCUGCUGGAUAUAAAGUCAAUGUGGAAAAGCCAACUUGACAAAGGAGCCAUAGUUAUGCACGACGUUAACACUAGGGGAAACGGGGUGAAGGGCAUGUGGGGAUGCUUUAUCUUUGUAACCUUCUUGUAAAUCUAUAAUUAUUCCUAAAUAAUCUUAUUUUAAUAAAUAAUUUUUAAAAUUAAUAAGUCUGACAAUAUUAAGCGUUGGGGAGGAGGUACAACAACAAAAAUUCUCGUAUUUAAAAAGAAAAACUCUUAUAUGCUGCUGACAGAGGGCAAGCUGGAAACCACUGUGGAAAACACUUUGGCAUGAUCUUGUAAAUUAGAACAUGUCUAUACUCUUGGAACCAGAAAUUCUACUCCCAAGUAUAUAUACCCAGAGAAACUCCUGCACAUAUGGAUGAGACUCUUUCCAACAGCAAAAAGGGAGAAAUGUUUACUGGCAAGCCUGUAGAUAAAUAAACUACAGAUAAAUUGUGAUAUAUUUACACAUGGAAACCAAACGCCCAUCAACAUAUCAACUUGGAUCAUGUGUUCUCAAAGGGGAUGAAGUAGAGGGUUAAAACUGGUCUGGGGAGAUGUGAGCAAUCUUAGAUAUUACGAAGGCCUGUGGCCCUCCAAAAGGCCCCAGCAUAAAAAGACUUAUAUCUGUGCUUUUAAAAUUUCACGUGGGGAGGAGGGAGAUGAUAAGGAUAAAAAUGUCUAAAAAGGAAUCCUAGGAGGUGAUAAUGGAAAAAAAAGUUGAGAAACAAUGACCUAGGUGAAUCUUAAGAAUAUACAACACUGAAUGAAAACAGCAAGUUACAGAAGAAUACAUAUGAUACUAUUUACCUAAAGUUUCAAACAUACAAAAUAAUAUACUGUCUAGGGAUAUAUACAUAUUAAAACUAUAAUUCAGAAUAGAAAUUGCCCUUGUGAAGUAGGUAGGAACACGUGGAUAUCUAGGAGGGGUAUAUAAGGAGACUCAAAAGUGUUGGCUGUGUUCUUUCCUCGACUGGGAGAGUAAAUACAUAGGUGUUCAUUUAUUAUUCCUCACCUCUAAAGUCUAAGUAUAUAAAAGUUAUUAUAUACUUAUUAUAUAUUUUUCUCAGUAUAUGUUAUUAUAUACUUUUAUAUACUAAGUUAUAUAGAAGUUAUUUAUAUACUUUUUGCUAGUAUGAAAUGUUUCAUAAUUAUAACCACUUAAAAAUACCACACAUGGGGACUUCCCUGGUGGCACAGCGGUGAAGACUCCGCGCUCCCAAUGCAGGAGGCCCAGGUUUGAUCGCUAGUCAGGGAACUAGAUCCCACAUGCAUGCUGCAACUAAGAGUUCACAUGCCACAACUAAGGAGCCCGCAUGCCGCAACUAAGGAACUGGCAAGCUGCAACUAAGGAGCCCACCUGCUGCAACUAAGACCCAGCGCAACCUAAUAAAUAAAUAAAUAAAUAUUUAAAAGAAAAAAACACAUAUGAAUUUAGGAGUAAAAUCUUCAUUUAACUUAAACUGCAUGAAUAGUCUUUCCAUUGAUCACCAUCCAAUCACAAUAUUAAAUAACACUGAACAAUAAAUAAUGUUAAUGAUAUUUAACCUAUGCUUUUAAAAACAACCAUGAGGGGCUUAAUU